GCGUCGGCGCUUGCUCGUCGUCUUUGCAGUUAGGCUGCCGCUUCGCCUUUCCUGACUGGAGCUGCUACUCCUUCUCAAGCAGCGGCGGAGUCGCUCUCCUUCCCAUAGGCUCCCAUAGCAAGAUUCUCCGGCGCCCGGAGCCUUAGGACAAAAUGGCGUUUGCAUGGUCCGCUGAGGACGGCCAGGGCCCAGCCGUUUUGGUAUGAACAGGAUUCGGAUUCACGUCUUGCCAACCAGUCGGGGGAGGAUCACCCCUGUGCCCAGGUCUCAGGAGCCCCUGUCUUGUUCCUUCACUCAUCGCCCGUGCUCGCAGCCUCGUCUGGAGGGGCAGGAGUUUUGCAUUAAGCAUAUCCUUGAAGACAAAAAUGCACCCUUCAAGCAGUGUAGUUAUAUAUCGACGAAGAAUGGAAAAAGAUGUCCCAAUGCUGCCCCAAAGCCUGAGAAGAAAGAUGGGGUGUCCUUCUGUGCUGAGCAUGCCCGUAGGAAUGCCCUGGCACUUCAUGCUCAAAUGAAGAAGACCAACCAAGGGCCUAUGGGUGAAACACUCUUGUGCCAGCUAAGCUCUUAUGCUAAGACAGAGCUUGGUUCUCAGACUCCUGAAGGUAGCCGCAGUGAAGCCAGCCGAAUUCUGGAUGAAGACAGUUGGAGUGAUGGAGAAGAGGAACCCAUUACUGUGGAUCAGACAUGGAGAGGUGACCCUGACAGUGAGGCUGAUAGCAUAGACAGUGAUCAAGAAGAUCCCCUAAAACAUGCUGGUGUCUACACAGCAGAAGAAGUGGCCCUGAUUAUGCGUGAGAAGCUAAUUCGUUUGCAGUCUUUGUACAUUGAUCAGUUUAAACGACUUCAGCAUCUGCUUAAAGAGAAGAAGCGUCGUUACUUACAUAAUCGCAAAGUGGAACACGAAGCUCUGGGUAGUAGCCUCUUGACUGGCCCAGAGGGACUUUUGGCCAAAGAACGAGAGAACUUAAAACGACUGAAGUGUCUCCGGCGAUACCGCCAGCGCUAUGGAGUGGAAGCCUUACUACACAGGCAGUUGAAGGAACGCAGAAUGCUCGCUACAGAUGGUGCUACACAACAGGCCCAUACUACUCGUUCCAGUCAGAGAUGCUUGGCCUUUGUGGAUGAUGUUCGUUGUUCCAAUCAGUCUCUUCCAAUGACCAGACACUGCCUUACCCAUAUUUGUCAAGAUACGAAUCAGGUUCUCUUCAAAUGCUGCCAGGGUUCUGAGGAGGUACCCUGCAACAAACCAGUUCCUGUAAGCCUCUCUGAGGAUCCCUGCUGCCCACUGCAUUUCCAGUUGCCUCCCCAGAUGUAUAAGCCUGAGCAGGUACUGUCUGUGCCAGACGAUCUGGAAGCCGGCCCCAUGGAUCUGUACUUGAGUGCUGCUGAGCUUCAGCCCACUGAGAGUUUACCUCUGGAGUUCAGUGAUGACUUGGAUGUUGUGGGUGAUGGAAUGCAGUGUCCUCCUUCACCCUUGCUUUUUGAUCCUUCACUAACUAUCGAAGAACAUUCGAUCAAAGAAGUUGCUCAAGGACCAGUGGCUAUCUUGGGCCAGAUGCAGGUGGCUGGUGAUGGAUACAGAUCCCAGGGAUCUCGAAAUUCUGAGAAAGCUUCUGCACCAUUGUCUCAUAGUGGAGUGGCUACUGCAAAUGGGAAGCCAGAACCCUCUUCUGUCAGCUGAUAGUUUGUUUUGGUAAUCAUGUGACUUAGAGGAUUUGAAUUUCCCCAUUUUUUGAACAAGUAUUUCUGACCAUCUCUCACUAAACAAGAGCAACGCAAACCACUUUGUUUUCUUUUGGGUUAUUGAGUGCUAUAGUCACACAUAAAAGCAGAUUUUGGAGGAAUGGACUAAUAGUGUCCAAAAGUUGUGGGUUUCUUCCUACUCUGGACAAGGAAGAGAGAGAGAGGUGAUUCCUGUUGGAGCUGCCGGGAUUGAAUGAGUAUUUGGGACUUGAUGUUAGGGGAAAGAGAUAUCUUUGUGAUAGAAUUUCCAGUUCUUGGAUAGGAAUCCACACAUAGGUAUUCAGGUGAGAACUGGGUCUAUCUGGAAUAUUGAUGGACCCAGUGUCUGGUUAUCUCUAUGUAACAGCUUGCAUUUAAGCCUUUCCUCAUCUGUGAAACAACAACUCCCAAUGAACUCUGACCUAUGUCCUCUUUGAAAAAAUAGCCCCAAAGGACUGGGCCCUCCUCAACGAACCAUCUUCUUGCUUCUAUCCUAUGUAAAUUUGUGUAGUGUCUGUAUUAUGUAAGAUAUAGUAAAAAUUUAUUGUAUAUAGUUUCUGUUAAAUGUUAAAGAAAAUGUUAACGAAAAUGUGAAAGUCAAUCAGCUGAAUUGAAUGCAUGUUUUAUUUGUAUUUGAGAGUAUCUGUCUUUUUUUUCUGGGUCUUAGGGAGUUGUCUCUUAUGGGAAAGGGAAAAUGGGGCAGAUGUACUUCAUCUCAAGAAGUAAAUACAUUUUCAGUAAUA